AUGGCUGACGACACCAGGCCCUCGGAGACCCAACCCGAUGAGAGCUCCGAAACGACCCCUCUCCUCAAUGAGCCCAGACGACGGCCUACGGGAUUCGGACCCUCAGAGACCGAUUCCAUUCCCGAGCCAGAACUACCGGACCAGGAUCGCGAGACAACAGUCAUUGCCGACGGCGUCUCUCCCACGCGGCUGACUCUUAUUCUCGGUGCCGCUUACCUGGGAGUGUUUCUCGGUGCCAUUGAUUCCACCAUCAUCGCUACCUUAUCUGCCCCCAUCUCGAGCGAGUUCAAGUCCUUGAGUCUCCUAUCAUGGCUCGCCACGGCCUACCUCAUCUCUAACGCUGCCUGUCAGCCUCUAUCGGGUCGUCUGACGGAUAUCUUCGGCCGUGGACCAGGCCUCAUCUUUAGCAAUGUCUUCUUCGCUGCCGGGAACCUCAUCUGCGGGCUCGCCCAGGACCAACACGUCAUGAUCUUCGGCCGAGUCAUUGCUGGCAUUGGUGGCGGUGGCCUCAUGUCCAUCUCAACCUUCCUGGCCUCCGAUCUCGUUCCUCUGCGCAAACGCGGCAUCAUCCAGGGCGUCGGUAACAUCGCGUACGGCGGCGGUGCCAUGUUGGGCGGUGUCUUUGGCGGUCUCAUCAACGACCACACGGCAUGGGGCUGGAGGCUGGCCUUCCUGAUCCAGGUUCCGCCCGUCAUCGUCUCGGCCAUCAUCGUCGCCGUUCUCGUGCGCGUGCCUCCCAAGGCGUCCGACAAGUCGUACCUCGCUCGCAUCGACUUUGUCGGCGCCUUCCUAACUAUCUCGUUCCUCGUGCUCCUGUUGCUCGGCCUCAACGCUGGAGGCAACAUCGUGCCCUGGUUGCACCCCCUGCCCCUGACGACCAUUCCCCUCUCCGUUGUGGCCUUUGUCGCCUUCAUCAUCUGGGAGAGCAGAGCCAAGCAACCUAUCAUUCCUGUCAAGCUCCUCGUGCACCGCACCGUCAUCGCGGCCUGCCUCUGCAACUUUCUCAGCACAAUGGUCAUCAUGAUGGCUCUCUUCUACGUGCCCCUUUACCUCCAGGUCAUCGGCCUCUCCGCCACUGACGCCGGCCUCCGCCUCCUGCCCUCUCCGCUUGGCAUUUCCGUCUUCUCCCUCGGCUGCGGCUACCUCAUGAAGAAGACGGGCCGCUACCUUCUCCUCGGCACCGCCGUCCUGACUCUCCUCACCAUCGCCGUCGCUGUCCUCUGUUCGUUCGACGAAAAGACGCCCACGUGGACCGGCGGCCUCGUCUUCUUCAUGGCCGGCGGCGGCUACGGCGGCAUGCUGACCAUUACGCUACUCGCCUGCAUCGCGGCUGUCGACCACUCCCAGCAAGCCGUCAUCACGUCCGCCACAUGGCAGGGCUGA